ACGAAGAAGAAGAAGGACUUUUCCGGUUUCCGUGCCGUGUAGUGGGCGGGGUUUGUGAGGCGGUUCCAAAGCGCGCGCGGAAAAUGAACCGGGUUUGUUAUUGCUGCUGUUCGCGUCUAAGCAACGGAGCUAGCUUAGUUUAGUUUAUCGUAUCUUAGAUUAGAUUAGAUUAGAUUAGCUUUAACCGGUGUCUUAACUGGAGUUUGAACACAAGUUUAGUUUGUCUGUUUGCUAACUGGUUCUAGCUCAGGUGAGGCGGGUGGUGACGUCACGCAGGUGGAGAACGGCUUUAUUUAUUUAUUUAUUUAUUUAUUUAUAUUAGAGUUUCAGUGAAAAUGAGCAGCGCGCAGGAGGAUCCGACACUGUACAGGACCUUUACAGGCCACAGAGACACAAUAACCAGCCUGGACUUCAACUCCAACUCCAAACUACUGGCUACAGGAUCUCUGGACUCGUGUGUGAUGAUCUGGAACAUGAAGCCCCAUGUGAGGUCGUACCGCAUGGUUGGACAUAAAGACAGUGUGAUGUGUGUUCACUUCUCUCCAUCAGGAAAACUCCUCGCCUCAGCAUCCCGAGACCGCACUGUACGCCUCUGGCUGCCCACUGCGAGAGCUGAAUCGAGUGUGUUUAAAGCUCACACAGGACGGACGGUGCGGAGUGUGAACUUUUGCAGUGAUGGACAGAUGUUGGUCACUGCAUCAGAUGAUAAAACAGUGAAGGUCUGGACGGUCCAUCGGCAGAAAUUCCUCUUCUCCUUUAACACACACAUCAACUGGGUUCGCUGUGCAAAGUUUUCUCCAGGGAGAUUAAUCGUCUCUGCCAGUGAUGACAAAACGGUGAAGAUCUGGGACAAGAACAGCCGAGAGUGUGUUCAUUCCUUCUGUGAGCACAGCGGGUACGUGAAUUGCGCGGAUUUCCACCCCAGUGGGACGUGUAUCGCCGCGGCUGGGUCUGACAACACGGUUAAAGUGUGGGACAUUCGCUCUCAUAAACUCCUCCAGCAUUACCAGGUCCACAGUGGAGCGGUGAACUGUCUGUCCUUCCACCCAGCCGGGGAUCACCUGAUCACAGCCUCCUCUGACUCCACCCUGAAAAUCAUUAAUCUGCUUGAGGGCCAACAGUUAUACACACUGCACGGGCAUCAGGGGCUGGCGUCCUGUGUAGCAUUUUCAAGAACUGGAGAACACUUUGCUUCUGGAGGCUCAGAUGAACAGGUGAUGGUUUGGAAGACGAAUUUUCCCGCUGAAGGUUACGGUGACAUGCUGAAGAGGCAGAAGAGGAAUGACGCUCCUGUACAGGCUCCAGACAUCUCGAGGGUAUCUAAAAAACCAGACGUGUCCCACCUCCGCUCCAGUCUGACCCCUCGCUCAUCUUGCAGACCAGAAGCUCACCAUGUGUCCACCCACCCCAAACCUGACCAAUCAGAUCAUUCUAAUCUGUCCAAUUCAGAUACGCCCAUGUCUCCUACACUCACCACAACACUGCAGCACAUUGUGGGUCAGCUCGACGUCCUCACACAGACGGUGGCCAUACUGGAACAGAGACUGACUCUGACUGAAGACAAACUGAAGAAAUGUGUGGAGAACCAAUGCAAGAUCCAUCAUCAUCUCCAAACCAGAACUGAUCUUUAACAGAUCAGUUUAAUCUCUCUCUCUCUCUCUCUCUCUCUCUCUCUCUCUCUCUCUCUCUCUCUCUCACACCUUUCCUGAACUGGUGAUUGUGUUUAAUAUAUUAAUGGGAAUAACACAUUUUUCAGAACAUACUGUUCCUCAGAUUAUGAGCCACGAGCAGUCAGAUGUUUACGUUGGUAGCAGUGACUUUCACACCAGGUGUGUGUUUUAUCACAAUGUUUAUAUUUUAAUCUGUUUUAAUGUGUGUGUGUGUGUGUGUGUGUGUGUGUGUGUGUGUGUGUGUGUGUGUGUGUGUGUGUGUGUGUGUGUGUGAGCUGUGUUAUUGGUGAUUAGCGAUCGUGUUCCUGCAGUGAGUUUGUGCCGUUAGCAGAUUGUUAUCUAGCAAAGUAGCUGAGAAGGACGCUAAUGUUGCACAAAGGAGGAAGAAGGGGGAGGUGAAGAAAGAAGGAGAGGAGAAAGAGGAGGAGGUAAGGAAGGAGGAGGAGAAGAAAGGGGGGGGGGGGCACACACUCACACAGAAGUGGUUUCUCUUCCUCCUCUCUUUGGCCUCUUAUAGCGAUAACAUCUGGAUACAUUUUUCAUUUUUCCCUCCUGAAUUCACUCCAUCAUUCUUCUGUUCAGUGUAGUGCCAUUAAACUCUCUCUCUCUCUUCUCUCUCUCUCUCUUCAUCUCUCUCUCUCAUUUAUUCAGAUCACUUUAAUAACUAUUUCAGAUAACUGAAGUGCAGUUACACCUGCAUUCCUCAUCUUCUUCAUCUGCUCCCUAUUUCUCUUCUUUUCAGUUAUUUCAUGUAAAUAAUAAAAGCUAAAAAUGUGUUUCUGUC